UUGUAAAGGAUUGAAUAAGACUAGCGGUUUGUUUGUAAAUAAUAUACAAUUUAAAAAGUAAAUCUAAUGGUUAUCAGUUUGACUUGGCGUGAAAUUUCUAUUCUGAUAUUCGUGUUCAGCACUUGGCUGCACGUUGGAUAUUUAAGCUGGAAAUUGUCUACAAAGUUGUCCAACAAUGCCGCUAACCGCUGAUGUUGCGGCACAACAAGUACAGGAGCGACUUAGAGCAUUGCACAGGCUGAUAUAUGAAAUUGAAGCUGAAAGGGGCCGUAAUGAACAAUGCAUAGAGUCCAUAUUAAAGGCAGAAAAAGCAGCUGAGUCUCCACCUUCAAAUGAGGAUUCUUCCGGAUCAUCCCAACAGCAAAUGCAACUGAAAAGCUUGUACAAAGCGGGACUUGCAGCGGCCGAACAGGAAGAAAGGGUGCUCCGCGCGGCUCUCAAUCGGAUAUACGAAAUUCGAAGUAUUAAGAAUGAGCGACGCAUUCAGGCGCGGCACGCCGGCAACAAGGAGACAAUCGGGUGCGGGGCGCUGAUGAAGAUGCUGCUGUCGGCCGCGGCCACGCUGCCGCUGCACGUGGGGCGCGGCGGCGGCGAGCGCGCGCCCGCGCUGUGCGGCGCCGUGCCGGCCGACCCCGGCCACGUGGCGCGCGCCGGCGACGCCGUGGCCGCGCUGGUGCGCGUCUCCGACAAGGAGGAGAACUGGAUCCUGGCUGAGGUGGUGAGCUGGCUGCCGGCGCAGGGCAAGUACGAGGUGGACGACAUCGACGAGGAGCAGAAGAACCGGCACGUGCUGAGCAAGCGGCGCGUGGUGCCGCUGCCGCUCAUGCGCGCCGACCCGCGCACCGACGAGCACGCGCUCUUCCCCAAGGGGGCCGUGGUGAUGGCGCUGUACCCGCAGACGACGUGUUUCUACCGCGCCGUCGUCAACCGCCUGCCCGCCUCCGCCGCCGACCCCUACGAGGUCUUGUUUGAAGACUCGUCGUACGCGGACGGGUACUCGCCGCCGGAGCGCGUGGCGCAGCGCUACGUGAUCGCGAUCAAGGAGGGCAAGGGCCGCGCCACCUGACCCGCGCCCGCGCCGCGGGUCCAGCGCGUCGGGACCGACUC